AUGAGGUCAUUAUUUGGGUGUUGGGGUCUUUAUCAAGGGGGUGUCUUCAUAGCAGGGAUAGCUAAGAAGGUUGAGUCCCGGGAGGUGGCGAUAGGGGUUGAAGUCAUUGUUAUGAAGGAGGCCAUGUGUUUUUGUAGGGAUCAAGGAAUGUUGCAGAUCAGUUUGGAAGGAGACUCCAUUCAAUUUCCAUGUUCAAUCAAGGAAAGGGAAGCUCAAGUAAGAAUGGGUUUGGUGAACAAAAAUUUGGGAAAUGUGAUGUCUGAGCUGCAAGAGUUUUGUUAUUACAAGAUAACUAUGGUUCAGACAAAUGAAAAUAGAGUGGCUUUUAGUCUAGCCAAGCAAGUGAUAUUUAUUGAAAGUGUUUUCGUUUGGAAGGAGAGAGCUCCGAAUUGUUUAAUGCCUUUUUUUCUCUAUGAUAUUCCGUAA